GCAAUUGACAAGUAGGUGUCUCAAAUAGACCCUCAGUGAGAGGCCUAAAGUCCUCUUACCUGUCUAUUCCAGGUUUCAUCAAUAAGACAUGGCUGUUUCCCCUUAUUGAGGAGAUUGACGCCGCUGGGAUCUUUUAAUGAUGCCGCUGCCCCGAGCAAGAUGACCAUAAGUUAUCCUUCCUCAAUCCCACAGAAACCCAUGACAGCCCUUCUUCAAGAGUUUCUACAUUCAGAUUGAGCCAGCAAGCAGCUGAGAAGCCUCAAGAACGCGGUGCCUAGUCUUGAAAUCUCAUCCUACACGAUCACUAUCACUCUUUCGCAAAAUGAAUGCCCAAGACGCUCCGCUUUAUCCGCUUCAUUUGCAAGCAGUACUUCUUCCGGUCCUCUCUUUCCUUUCGUUACUGCUGAGUGUAGUGCCACUGGUGCUGCACUGGAAGAACCGCAACGUGGCUUCCAGUAGCCUGAUCUGCUGGUACAUGAUCUUGAACGUCUUCAACAUUGUCAACGCCAUUCUCUGGCCCACAGACGAUGUGGGUUCUUGGUGGGAUGGCAAAAUCCUCUGCGACUUUGAAGGGAAGAUCAUGAUUGCAAGUUAUAUUGCUGUUCCCGGAACCCUUGUUUGCAUUUUCCGCAGUUUGGCCUGCGUGCUGGACACCAGGCGUGCGGCGCUGGUCCCUACCAGGUCGCAACGGUGGUGGAAUCGGGGAAUGACGCUUCUGUUUUGCUUCAUAGCUCCUGCAAUUGCCAUGAUCACGCAAAUCAUUUACCAGGGAAGUCGGUACUUCGUUUUCGCGAUUGCUGGCUGCGUCAAUAGUUACGAUGAAAGCUGGGUGACCCUAACCCUGGCCUACAUCUGGCCAUUGAUCAUUUGCCUUAUCGCGGGCUACUACUGCGUGAUUGUCCUCUGCCGUCUCAGCAAGUACCGAAAUCAGUUCGGCGACAUCCUUCAGUCCUCGAACAGCAACAUGAACAAAUCCCGGUUCGUGCGGCUCUUCUUGCUCGCCUUUCUUAUGCUACUGUGCAUAAUCCCUGUUCAGACCUUUGUCGUCUCUACCAACAUCAUACGUACUCUACCAUGGCAUGCGUACUCUUGGGAUUAUGUCCAUCCUCCGACCUGGAACACGAUCGUCAAAGUACCUACAAUGGGCGAAGCAUUCUGGGACCGCUGGAUCCCAGCCGCAUCAGGCUUCAUGUUCUUCGUCUUCUUUGGCAGUGGUCGCGAUGCCACGAAGAUGUACCGUGCGAUCCUGGUCUUCGUGGGUCUGCACUAUUGCUUCCCCUGCCUUCGGACCUCGUCGGCUACCACCUCGACCACCUCGACCGGCUCAACCAGUAGUCGAGCCAAGCUGCUCUUCCAUUGGAAACGGACAUCUGCAAUACGAACAUAUGUCAACAGCAGCACCAAUCUCCAACCUACUACUCGACACACCCCCGACAUCGAGAAAGCUUUCCCCCUUCCGAACAAGCAACCCCCGCGCGGCCCGUGGUACAAGCGUGUGUGGCAGCGCAACGGGACCGCCAGCCGGGGGAAGAUGCUCCCGCUUCAUCAGUUGGCCGAGACAACUCCCAACACCGUCUCAACCAAUGCGUGGGCGGGCGUAAGCCAAGGCCGGAACAGUAACGACCUAUGCAGCCCACCGCUCAAGGACGACCACAUCCGGAUCAAGCAGGUCAUCACCCAGCAGAGCGAGAUGUAUGCUUAGGAUGCUGUACCAUCGACUGGAGGCGGAAGAGGAAGACAGGAGGGAUCUUGUAUUGCAAAGCGAGUGCGGUCGUGGGGCUUAUCUUCUUAUUUCUUUCCUUGAUAGUAGUCCGAGCCUUACUUCGUUGAAGGCAUUCCAUCCCAUCUUCCUGAUUUGUAA